GUGACGUCACAGGGCCCGCGUGGCGCCGGGGCCUGUGUUUCCGCAAACAGAAUCUCGGAUGGCUUGUGUGGUGUUGGUGUAUGAAGUUUUACUAUCACUAUAAUAGAAAUGGAGAACUAUGGAAAGAUGUCUCCUGAGUGGGCAGAAGCAUCCAUAAAUUCUGAAAAAGAAUCAGCUAUUAAUGAAACCAUGACAGCAUGUGAGAGGGGGCUCUCUGUGAAGACCCCUGUUUGUGAGCAAGUAAAUAAACCACUGAAGGGAAAAGUGUCUGAAGAUGCUCUUCUGGGGGAAAAUUCUGCUUGUGUGGAAGAUAAUCCUUCUAGGAAAAGAAAACUUGCUAAUGAAAUUGCCUCAGAGGAAAAGGGUUCUGGUGAUGAUGAAGGCAUUUCAGUGAAAAGAAAGAAAGAAACAGAUAAUGUUCCAAAAGAUGAAACUUCCACUGGAGAUACUAUGCAGAAAAAGAGGAAAAUAGAACCCGAGGAUGUUCCUACAAAGAGACAGAAACUAGAAGAAGGACACAGCUCAGCAGUGGCUGCCCACUAUAAUGAACUACAGGAAGUUGGUUUAGAGAAGCGUAGUCAAAGUCGUAUCUUUUACCUAAGAAACUUUAAUAAUUGGAUCAAAAGCGCUCUUAUUGGGGAAUUUUUAGAAAAGGUGCGGCAGAGAAAAAAACGGGAUAUCACCGUUUUGGACCUGGGUUGUGGGAAAGGUGGAGAUUUGCUCAAAUGGAGAAAGGGAAGAAUUAGCAGACUGGUCUGUGCUGAUAUUGCGGAUGUUUCUAUCAAACAAUGUCAGCAGCGCUAUGAAGACAUGAAAGGUCGUCGUGAUAAAGACCUUCUUUUUAAUGCAGAAUUUAUAACUGCUGACUGUUCAAAGGAACUUUUGGUUGAAAAAUUUCGUGAUCCGGAAAUGUGCUUUGACAUCUGCAGCUGUCAGUUUGCUUGUCAUUAUUCCUUUGAGUCCUUGGAGCAGGCUGACAUGAUGCUGAGAAAUGCUUGUGAGAGGCUUAGCCGAGGGGGCUAUUUUAUUGGCACCACUCCCAAUAGUUUUGAACUGAUCAAACGUCUUGAAGCUUCAGAAACAGAAUCAUUUGGAAAUGAUAUAUAUACUGUGAAAUUUGAGAAGAAAGGAAAUUAUCCUUUAUUUGGCUGCAAAUAUGACUUCAACUUGGAAGGUGUUGUGGAUGUCCCUGAAUUCUUGGUCUUUCCAUUGUUAACUGAAAUGGCAAAGAAGUACAACAUGAAGCUAAUCUACAAAAAAACAUUUCUGGAAUUUUAUGAAGAAAAGAUAAAGAACAAUGAAAAUAAAAUGCUGUUAGAACGUAUGCAUGCACUGGAGCCAUAUCCUGCAAAUGAAAGCUCUAAACUAGCCUCUGAAAAGGAAGGUGACUAUGAGCAUGCAGCAGAGUACAUGAAGAAGAGUCAAGUAAGGUUACCUCUGGGAACAUUAAGUAAAUCGGAAUGGGAAGCUACAAGUAUUUACUUGGUUUUUCCUGUCUUAGAAAUAGUGGACCACGUGUCUCUUCCUCUAUGGCAAUGUGAUGAUGACACAGAAUUGAACUCCCUGGACUCCAGUGAAGACUCAGCAGUGGGAUAUUUAGGUCAUGGAAUGUUUUCUACCAGCCGGUUUCCUUUUGCGUCUCUGCGGGUUAGUUUCCAGAUGGGAUCUCUGCUCACAGAUGCCACCCUGCGGAUCUCCCCAGGCAAGAGGACUUGCCAGGUCCGCACCGGUGGACGCCAAGAGUCCAGUCAGAGCGCAGAGUCCCCGGAGGACAUCCGGACGGGGUGCAAGAACAAUCUCAGGAAGAGUACUGGUAAAUAG